AUGGGUUUGGCUGAAGACAAAGUCUACGAACACAUUUUGAAAAACCUCAGCCACUUCAAGAACAUCCGCGUGGCCUCGCUGGCCGAUUCCCUCAGCUGCCUGACCGACAGCGACAGGGAUGAGCUCCACGCCCGGGAGGAGGCCCGGGGCAGCCGGGCCACUGGCUAUAAGUUUUACCAGCACCUCAAGUGCCGGCAGGGCUGGGGAACCGAUCUGAUCAACGCGCUGCGCCAGAACAACGCGGGGCACCUGGCUGAUGAGCUGCAGCACGUCUAUGACUCCUGGAAAACCCGUCCCCAUCGUGCAGUUCCUACCUCCGUCCCUCCUGCAGACCGUCCCACCUCCAGUUUCCAGAGGCCAUUCCCAGAGCCCACUCCUGUUCCAUACGCCCCGCUGGCUGCGCCGCCGCACCAAGACCUGCCCACAGGCUGCCCUCUGCCUCUCCAGCCCAGUGCUACCACCACCAGCACAGAGCUGGAUGCCCGGGCCCCGGUGCAGGAAUCGCUCCCCAAAAACCUGGAGCAGGAGAGCCCCCAGCCACCUCUCCCUGGGAGCGUGGUCUGCGAUGGAGUGAGUGAUGGGCACGGUGGAGAGGGGCAUCUCUCACACUCCACUAAGGCCAUGCAGGUGGCAGUGGGGACCCCCGGAGCAGGCAGAGUGGCCGUGCCAUCAGCUGUCCCCCCGGAGCCGGGCCCGGCCUGGCCAAGCCGCCAGCAGCACCCAGUGUGUGUGGACAAUGGGUGUUUUGGGAACUCCAACCACCUGCACCGCGGAGCGCCAGGCUUGGGUCUGGGCAGGGCCCUUCCACCCAAGGAGGCGGGUGCUGCUCGCAGCCCCGAGCAGCCCAGGAAUGAGCCCCAAGAGGACUCCUACGUCUCCACUGAGUCACCCCCGAGGCUGGAGGAGGCCGCUCUGGCUCAGCCCCCAGACUCUGUGCCAAAAAAACCAGCUGUGAGCAGCUCUGAGCACAGUGAGACCCCGGGCAGCUUUGUGGAUGUGCGCAGCCCCCUCCUUGUACAGCAGCAGUUUGAUGUGGAGCAGAAGCAGGUCAGGAUGCUGCGAGAGCAUGGAGGAGAUGGAGACACUGGGAUGGAAACAGCCACUCCAGCCCCUAGUCCUGCACCCAGAGAUGCUUCUCCAUCCUGUGACACCUCUGCAAAGCUUCCUGUACAAGAGAAAGAACUGCCCAGGGGGGACACAGCCAGCAGCACCCCCUCCAUGCUGACCAAGGAGAAAGUGCUCCCAGCCUCAGUGGACCCUCUCCCAGCUGUUGCAGGAAGAUCUGAAGGCACGUCUGGGAGGACGGCACCCUGCGCGAGCUCUGCUACAACCAUCUGGUUGCCUUGCAGCAACAACGAGAGUGAUGUGGAGCUCAGCAAGCCAGGUGUCCUCUCCAUUUCUGGGAAGAGCUCAGAGGCAGAUGGUAGAAGCCACAGCAGGCCUUCUUUUGUGUUGCCCAAUAGCCUCACCUUCAGCAGCGACCCGCUCAUGGUGAGCACAGAUAGCUCAAGCUCAGGAAAAGCACUCUCCAAAGUCUCCUCAGCGUGCCCAACACCCGUGGCUCCUGAAGACCUUGGGGGAGACGAGGCAGCUGGAGCAAGCAGAGACUCACGUCCACCUCCAAGCUGGGACAGCAACUCCCUGGGCACUCACGAGGUCCGUGUGGACCAUCACCCCAGCACCCAGCUUGAGGCAGGCAGCAACCUCCAAGAUGGAGCUGAUCCCCUUGGAAACCCUCCAGUUUUUGACUCAAGCAGGGGCCGUGACACUGUGACCAGUGUCCCCCCAGGGGACAGCAACCGACCGUCCCUGCUGUACCUCCUGCCAGCUGUGGGCAUUGCUGUGAUUUCAGUGUUCCUGGUGUACACUCGAUGGAAGAAAUAG